AUGCCACGAUUAGAUAAUAGUCAUUAUCAUGGAAUCAAACCGAGACAGACUACCCUGUCUAGAAUAAAUAUUAGGUUUUCUAGCUCUUUAGACAGAAUACAAUUAGACAUACAGGACCUACGUAAUCCGUGGGUGCUACGUCUUCCGGUAUCCUUCUCGUACUCAACAAUUAUAUCUAAAUAUGAUAUGCCAAAUUGUUUGGCCGGGAAGGAUUAUGGUCUGAUGAUGUUCUCUUGA